AUGGAUUGGGUGAAAAACAACGUCGAACCUUUUGUCCCCUGGACUCGUAUUCGUGGAACUGUAGUCAGAAACGAGGUUCUAGGUGGUGGCAAUCAGGAACUCUGGGAAGUCCUGUUACUGUCGGUGAAAAAUAGCCACGCCGCUCUCAACCUCCUCCACCUAGCCGACGAUGUUGAGGUUUCAAGCCCACAUUCCUCCAGUGCAUUCGCUAGUUCGUUCCCUCCAUCAGCCGGUGCGUUUAAGGAAACCCUAGUUCCCUAUAUGAAACCUCUCCUCGAAUAUUUCUCCCAAAUCAAGUCCCAUUUCUACAUAAACGCGUAUCCAUUUCUCACAUACAUCAGUGAUCCUGAACACAUCGAUAACAAUUAUGCAAUCUUCAAAAAUAACACAGGAAUAGAAGACGCAAAAAUGAAAUUACAUUAUGAUAACAUAUUCGAAGCACAAAUCGAUGCCACAUACGUUGCUUUCGAAAAAGCUGGAUUUGAGAUGAUGGAGGUUAUAGUAUCGGAAUCCGGAUGGGGUUCAAAAGGUGAUGCGAAUGAAGCCGGAGCUAUGUUGAGUAAUGCGAGAACGUAUAAUUUCAACUUAUGUAAAAGACUACUAAAGAAGAAAGGUACACCUUACAGACCAAAUUCAGAAAGAGACUCGCCUUUCUCUCCAUCUGCAAUUUCUGAAAUCCCUAAUCACCUAAUCGUAUUUGAUUAA